AUGUCGUCAUCAGAAUGCGUUUAUAACGAUACUGAUGGAGGAUUUCGAGAUGAUCUUGCUUUAUUACCUGAUUCAAAUAGCAGUUCAAAUUAUAUUACAUGCUUAUCAAAAUCAUUAAUCGAUGAUGCAACUUCAAGAAAUAUUUUCAUUAACGAUGAUGUGAAAGCAUCGCCUGAGGCUCAGUCAUCGAAAGUUGUUUUCGCAUUACCAGAUCAUGAAGAAGUAAAAAUUAAACAUUCAGUGCCAACUGAUCGUAAAUUAUUAAAAUAUUCGAGUGAGACAAGUUUCAUCGAGACAAAUAGCGAAUCGUCAAAUGAACUCGAGCGAAUUACUAACAAUCGUAAACUGAGGCAUUUAUCAGUUCAUCAUACGUCGACUUUUAUCCGUGCGAAUGGUGGCAAUAGUCUAUUUAAUCGAAUACGUAGACACAGGCAACAUGAGUCAGACAGUGGUUCCAUUGGAAGUGAAACGACAGUUGCUAGUGGAAUCAUGACUCCAGUUGAACGACAACGAGAUCGAUUUAGAAUUGGACGGCCUAAAAGUGCGGGUCAAAUGAGCUAUUCUGAUGCUAACAGUUCAAAUGCUAUUACUUUACAAUCACUCGACUCAUUUCAUCCAUUCACUGUUAAAUUAUCAGAACGUGAUGAGACAAGUGAUAAUGCUUAUAAUAUGGAUGACGACAGCGCACAUGAAUUCGAUGAAAAAGACGGUAAGCCAUUAUAUAUUUUUUUGUCAUUUCCACAAAUAAAUAGUGUAUGA